UUGUGAAUCUGGAAAAAAAAAAUUUGAUGCGAGUGGGAGGACCAUUCAGUAUUCUUCUUUUGCAAGUUGAGAUUAUGGGGUAAUUGCGUCUGUCUGUGCUUUCUGUCCUCUUUCUUCUGUGUGCUAGCUAAGUAUGAAUCUUUCGCUGUGAACAAGUAUCCUAGUGUGGGCUACCCUGUAAUGGUCUGGAAACUCUUUUUAAAUCAUAAAAAUAUCCAUCUACAGUGGUGAUUAUCCUAUUCUGAGGUGCUUUCAUAUUUAAAGAGCUUGUGGCUUUUGAGUGCUGUAUAUAAGUAAUCUAAAGUAAGGUUCUUGAGCUCGGGGGGAUGAAGAGCAGGGGAGGGAACCGCCCUGAGGCCUUCUGGCCUUCCAUUAUGAUGAAGAAAUGGUUGAAUAUAAAGCCCAAGGUUCAUGAUUUUAGUGCAGAUGAGGUUGAGACCGAAACUGAAACUGAAAGUGAAGAAGAAGUUUCCUCUCCUAAAGAAGCAAGAACGCGCAUGCGUGGGGAUCAUGGCCUUAGGACAGAGGGGAAUCAGUCAAGUUUCUCAAUUCAACUUCCAGAUCCACCUUCUUUUGGCUAUCGAUUAAGACAUAGGAGAGGAAAUUCAGAAACUGUGCGUGCUCAGUACAUAAACACAAAGGAUGUGAGGGUGACAAUAGGCACUUGGAAUGUUGCUGGAAAAGUUCCAGAUGAAGACCUUGAAAUUGAAGAUUGGAUUUCUUCUGAGGAGCCAUCGGACAUUUACAUUCUUGGUUUUCAAGAGGUUGUCCCUUUGAAUGCUGGGAAUGUAUUAGGAGCAGAGGAUAACAAACCGAUACCAAAGUGGGAGGCAAUCAUUCGAAGAACUCUGAACAAAUCACUGGAACCUGAAAGCAAACAUAAAUGCUACAGUGCACCACCUUCACCAGUACAAAGGACUUCUUCUGUUGCUGAUGUACUUGCUGAUGAGAUUGAUGAUCUUCCACUCGGAUUGCUGUGCCAGGAAUAUGUUGGAGCUGCUAAUGGUUGUGAAUUGGAACAAGUUGCAUUGACUAAAGCACUGAGUAUCCAAAAGAAUUUACAGUUGCAGAGAAUUUAUGGCAUUGAUUGCGAUAGCAGACUACAUUGGCCUGAAUGUUCGUUAGAUGCUACCCCUCAAGUUGUCUUCUCAAAUUCUAAAUUGCGGCGUGUCAUGAGUACUUCUGCAAGCAUUGGUUUUAAUUUUCAAAAUCCUUUAUUAUUCGGUCCACAAAAUUUAUCACUAAAAGGUAGUGGAUUGAAAAGAUCACACCAUAGCUUUGGGAGUCUGGGAUCAGUGUUGACGAAGCAGAAAGAGAUGCCAGACUUUCUUGACUCUCUUGCUGCUAUGUCCGACAGGUUUUCAGAAGAAGAAGAGGACACCUUCAAUGAAAUGCCAUCAGCAAAAUCUGAUAACGAAGUAAUCAUAGAUGGGGUGAAGUUUCAUCCCACGUACGUGCGAAUUGUCAGCAAGCAAAUGGUGGGCAUAUAUAUAUCCAUCUGGGUGCGGAAGAAGUUGAGGAGACACGUUAAUAACUUGAAAGUAUCUCCAGUUGGGGUUGGUCUAAUGGGCUACAUGGGAAACAAGGGAUCAGUUUCUGUAAGCAUGUCCCUUUUUCAGUCACGAAUGUGCUUUGUAUGUUCUCAUCUGACCUCUGGUCAGAAGGAGGGGGCUGAGCAGAGGCGGAACUCUGAUGUGUAUGAGAUUAUACGACGUACCUGUUUUUCAUCUGGCUUCGAUACCGAUCAGCCACAGACAAUUCCAUCCCACGAUCAGAUUUUCUGGUUUGGGGAUUUGAAUUACCGCCUCAAUAUGUUAGACACAGAGGUAAGGAAACUCGUUGCUCUGCAAAAGUGGGAUGAACUUCUCAACAAUGAUCAGCUAAGCAAAGAACUCCGGAGUGGGCAUGUAUUCGAGGGUUGGAAAGAAGGGCCGAUACAUUUUCCACCUACCUACAAGUAUGAAAUGAACUCUGAUAGAUAUGUUGGCGAGAAUCCAAAAGAAGGAGAGAAGAAGAGAUCACCAGCAUGGUGCGAUCGUAUACUAUGGCUAGGAACAGGCAUUAAACAACUUUCUUAUAAGCGGGCAGAAAUAAAGCUUUCAGAUCACCGACCUGUUAAUUCCAACUUCGUGGUUGAAGUUGAAGUCCUAGAUAAUCAGAAGCUACAAAGAGCUCUCAAUUACACUAAUGCAGUAACACAUCCCGACAUUUUCUUGGAUCAGGAUGAGGAUUUUGAAUUUUAAGUAGCUGAGACGAGACCAUUCGACAAUGUUGAAACGUUGGUUGGUAUCUUUUUUUGACAGACGCGAUUCAAUCAUUGAGGAUGCUGCUCACAAAUUCUGUUACUGUUAUAGCUACAUGGAUAGAAAUAGCUAGCUAGCUAGGAUAACAACAAACCUUAGAAUUCUUAGAUAUUAUACAAGGUAGUACUGUAUAGUUGGGAAAAAUGAAAAUGAAAAAGAAAAAAAAAGAGCAUCUUAAACUUUAACUUUGCACCUUUGACUCCCUUGGCCUUGUCUUUUGUCUAUAGUUAGAUUUGUUGGGUUGCUUGUGAGGAUGUGACACUGGGGGACUUGGAAGUCUAUAAAGGGAUCAUAUUCGUAACAG